AUGGACAACUCAAAAUUACCAGCACCAUUUGACUCCCAUCACAGCUGGUACAUUUCAACCCUGUCUUCCCUUUCAUCACCAGAAGGCAUAUCUCCAACUCAUCUCUACACCUACAACCAUGUGAUCAGCGGGUUUAGCGCGGCCCUUACUCCGUCCCACCUUGAAAAGCUCGAGAAAAUGCCGGUUGGCGCUGGAACUAUAGACAGGGGUUUAUCAGCCCGUGUCACAUUUGGUGAUGGUGAUCUUCAAGUUACGGGGAAAUCGAUUUACCCUGAAAAUCUUUUAGUAGACAGGGUUCCUAUUUACUUUGGCAAUGGUAAUCGAAGCAAGGAAAUAUGCGGCGAUCAAACCCUGGAUCCCAAUGAAGUUAAGGGACAGUACGUUUUUUGCGACUUUGAUGAUCAGUUUGCAGUUUUUGGACAAGUGGCUGAAGUGUUUGGAGCCGGAGCUGCCGGGGCCAUUGUUAGUACUGAUUCGGCAAUAUUUCUAAAACGUAGCGACUUCAAUGUCCCAUUCGUGGCGAUAUCCCCAUCAGACGGCGAUUCAGUAAAGAAAUACUUAACUCAAUCCGGGAACACAACAUUGAGUGUCAAGUAUCAGGUGACAUUGUUGGGAACAAAACCAGCUCCACAGGUUGCAGAUUUUUCAUCAAGAGGGCCGGUUUGGCAUGCGCCAUGGACACUGAAACCCGAUAUCCUGGCGCCCGGCGUGGACAUUUUGGCUGCUUGGGCACCAAACCGAGGAACUGCAGAAAUCGGAGAUGAUUAUCUCCUCACAGAUUAUACGCUUCUUUCCGGCACUUCCAUGGCUUCACCUCAUAUAGUAGGCAUUGCUGCAUUGCUGAAAUCCGUCCACAAAGACUGGAGUCCGGCCAUGAUCCGUUCAGCCAUGAUGACCACUGCUGAUAUUCAUGACAAUACGAAUAACACGAUAAUAGACAUCAUCACCGGAGUGGCUGGUACACCCCUGGAUUACGGCGCAGGACAUGUUAACCCGAACAAGGCCAUGGAUCCAGGUCUUGUAUAUGAUAUACAAGUUGAAGAUUACAUUAACUACAUGUGUGCCCUGAAUUACACAAGUGAACAGCUACAUACCGUCACGAGAAGAUCCAACGUUUCUUGCGAAAACGCGAACCUGGAUCUCAAUUACCCUUCAUUUAUAGUCAUCCUGAAUCACACUAAAACUGCCAGUUAUACAUUCAAGAGGGAGCUGACUAAUGUCGUCGAUGCAAAUUGCUCGUAUCACGCUGUCCUUGAAGCUCCCAAAGGAAUGAAGGCUUCUGUUCAACCAUCAACAAUACAAUUCGCAGGGAAGUUGAGCAAAUCAACGUUUGAAUUAACAGUGGAGAUUGAUAUGGGAGCCAUUCCACAGAGUGACUCCAUUGUCAACUAUGGUUACUUGACAUGGUACGAGGACAACGGGAUACAUACAGUUCGAAGUCCUAUAGUAUCGGCCACUGGAGCUGGGCCGUAG